CUUUCUUUGUCUUCCAUUUCAUUCCAUUCCAUUAUCUCUCUCUACCUUGCUCUGGUGGUGUUGUGUGUUCUACGGACUACGACGGGGGCUUGGUAGAGCAUUUACUUAAGAGAAUCCAUCCAUCCAAUCGUUUUCUCAGUCAGUCUGUACAGUUGUUUCUUCAAUUUCCGCCUUAGAAUUCCAUCAGCUGAAUCCCGCAGUCAAACCAUCUCCGAUUGAGGACGUAAAAAUCAAAAUGUUAAUUCCGAUAGGAAUAAAAGUGUUUGAAGAUUGAACUGAUAACUCAGAUAUGAUGAUGGAAGGUCCAAAUAUAACUGGAAUGAUAGGUUUAAACAACAACCAUGAUAAUUACGAAAUCCCUCAAGGCUUUUACCAUAAACUAGGAGUAGGUGAGGAUUCCAACAUGUCCAUAGACAGUUUCGCAAGCUUACAGUUAAGCAACAAUGGAGGUUCACUUGCGAUGUCAGUUGAUAGCAGUGUUGCGUCAAACCAUGAUUCCAACGCCCAAUUGUUAGACCAUCAAGGUUUGAAACGUGUUAAGAACUACACCGGUACCCAGAGUGUAAACAGGGGAAAAGUCUCACACGGCUUGAGCAACGAUGCACUUGCCCAAGCCUUAUUAGAUCCCCGUUUCCAAACAGAAGGCCUUCAUAAUUUUGAGGAAUGGACAAUUGACUUGAGGAAGCUGAACAUGGGGCCUGCUUUUGCAAUGGGAGCUUUUGGGAAACUGUAUAAAGGCUGUUACGAUGGGGAAGACGUUGCUAUUAAGCUUUUGGAGAAGCCUGAGAACAAUCAAGAGAUGGCAAACUUGUUGGAGCAACAAUUUCAGCAAGAGGUUAUGAUGCUGGCAACUUUAAAACAUCCAAAUAUUGUUAGGUUUAUUGGUGCAUGUCGAAAACCUAUGGUGUGGUGUAUUAUUACUGAAUAUGCUAAAGGGGGUUCGGUUAGGCAGUUCUUGAUGAAGAGGCAAAACAGAUCCGUGCCUUUGAAAUUGGCGGUUAAGCAGGCUUUGGAUGUUGCAAGGGGAAUGGCUUAUGUACAUGGACUUGGAUUGAUUCAUAGAGAUUUGAAAUCUGAUAAUUUACUCAUUUCUGCUGACAAGUCAAUCAAGAUUGCGGAUUUUGGUGUUGCCAGGAUCGAGGUGCAAUCCGAGGGAAUGACACCCGAGACGGGGACUUAUCGCUGGAUGGCACCCGAAAUGAUCCAGCACAGAUCUUACACGCAGAAAGUAGACGUUUAUAGCUUCGGAAUUGUUCUUUGGGAGCUCAUAACAGGAAUGCUUCCAUUCCAGAACAUGACUGCCGUUCAAGCUGCUUUUGCAGUUGUAAACAAGGGAGUUCGACCCACUAUUUCCAGUGAAUGCCUUCCCGUUCUCAGUGAAAUCAUGACCCGAUGUUGGGAUGCAGAUUCUGACCUCAGACCGCCCUUCACUGAGGUAGUGAUGAUGCUCGAGAAUGCUCAAACUGAAAUUAUGACCACUGUUCGUAAAGCUCGGUUCAGAUGCUGCAUGAAUCAGCCCAUGACUACUGAUUGAGCAAGAUUUGUAUAAGAAACAAAGAUUGUAAACAAAUUGUGUAUUAAUUUAUUCAGAUCUGCUUCUUUUUCUUUUAUCCUUCUCUAUUUUGUUUAUGAAAAUAGGACAUGCUUGAUUUGUAAUUAAGUACACAUGUUAUGUUCAAAACCUGCAUCAGUUUGAUUUUGCUUU